CAUCCUGCGUGGAUGGACGCUUACUGAGGACACGGACAGGCGCUUUUCAUGUCACGCAAAUGUCAAGUUUCCCGAGAGAAAAUGACGCUGCCAAAUCUCUCUUCAAGAUGCUUGAGUCCGCAGUUUCUCCUAUCGUAUCCGGGGAGUACGGUCACCACCACCGGGACAGAGCGGCGAUGGCGUCCCGGGUCUCCUUCACGCAGGUCCGGCUGGAAGCGGAGCUGGAGCGCUACCGGGCCGAGUGCCAGUGGGGCAAGAUUCUGGCGCUGGUGGAGCAGAUGCACGCUGCGCGGAUCCAUGAGGACGAUGAUUACGGCACGCUACUGAUGGCUGAGGCCCUGCUGGAGGAGUGCCUGCUGGAAAAUAUGGAUCUUUUGUGCAGCUCCACACCUUUAAUGGACAAACCUCAGGCCAGACUCUCCAAGGCCAAAGGCUACCUCAACACCAUCCUGAGCCGAGGCCGCCUCACACCCAGGUACUUGAAUGAGGCUCUGCUCCUGAUGGCCAAAGUGCACUAUGUUCAGGGCCGGUACCGGGACGCUCAGGGAAUGUGUGCCAGGGUGGGCUUGGAGGACCUGACCCAGGAUGACCAACCUGUCUACCACCUCCGCUUAUUGGCUGAGGCAUUCAUCAUUAAAGGUCUGUCUCUGGACCACCAGGCCCUGUCUGCGGUGUCUCGUAUUCGUCUUUCAGAGAGAGAGGAGGAGAGUCUGACCUGCUUCCUCAGGGCGUGUGACGCAGCCCUGUCCUACCUGCAGGAGCUCGAUAAGAUGGUAACUACUCCUCAUGCCAAAAUGACCAAAGCCAGCCUCCUUUCUACACAUGUAGACAUCGACCUGGGCUACUUCCUGCAGGCGGCUCUGCAGAGCGCUUACCUCUGUCUGCUGCAGAGGGGUCAUCUUGCGCAGGGUGCUCAUCAGCUGCGUAGGGUACUCAGGGUGGUGGAGUCGCGAGGGUCUCAGAGCUUCAGGAAGUGUGCAGCCAUAAAGCUAGCACAGGUGCUGCUGACCUCUGUGAGUGAGGGCAGCUACUGGCCCCCACAGGGCCCCCCACCUGCAGUGUGGCUCCAGAGAGAGGGAGCCGCAGCCUCCAAAGACGCCAUGUACCCCACCAUUAAACCGCCACUACGUUACAGCACAGAUUGUUGCUUCUGUCCUCAGGACGUGGUGGAGGAGGCUGUGUUGCUACUGCUCAUCACAGAAUCGAUGACCAGUGGUCAAGCAGUAAUCAGCCGUCUGCCGGACCAGGCCGAGGCUCGCCAGGCCAGCCUGCAGGAUGCCACCUCCGUCUAUGACAUGCUUACCAUCGGCAUGGCCAGGAGGGGGCAGUACGCCAUGCUCUCUGAGUGCCUGGAGCGAGCCAUGAAGUUUUCAUUCAACGAGUUCCACCUCUGGCACCAGCUGGGCCUGUCACUCAUGGCAGCCGGAAAGUGGGUCGGUGCCAUGUCUGUGUUUAAAGAAUGUGCCAGGAUGAGACCAGACGACCCUUCGUUGUCCCUGCUGGCUACUAAAAUCUGCAUCGGUCAACUGCACUGGUUCAAAGAGGCAGAGAAUCUGUCUAAGAGUGUGGCAUCGAUGGGAGAGGAGGCGAGGGAAUUUCUGCCCAGGGCCUACCUGGCUUUGGGACUCAGCUUCAGUCUUCAGGCUUCUGAGGCCACUCUGUCAGCUGAUCGGAAUGAAUUAAACAAAAAAGCCCUACAGGCAUUAAACAAAGCUAAUUCAUUAGACCCCCGGGAUGCUCAGAUUUCCAUGUACCUGGCUCUCCAACUGGCCCUUGUACGCCAGGUGUCAGCAGCCAUGGAGCCUCUACAGAGGGCUUUAUCUCUGCGUGCAGAUGACUUGCUCUCCCUUCACCUGCUAACCCUGGUGCUGAGUUCCCAGAAACAUCAUCGCCAUGCCCUGGACACCCUCACCCUGGCCCUCAGCCAGCACCCAGACAAUUUCAAUUUGCUGUUGACAAAGGCGAAGCUUGAAGAGGCCAUGUUCGGACCUGCUGCAGCCCUGCAGACCUGCGAGGAGAUGUUGCAACGCUGGCAGAGUCAGUAUGAUGUCAGUCGCUCCAGUGAGACAGAUGACAACAGCAGUAUACCGAUGGCUGAGAGGUCGGAGGUCAGCCCUGUUGUCAGGAAACCCUCCAUCCACCUCAACCUCCCUGACUUCCAGGACGCCUCCACAGGAUCCCACAGCCCUCCAUCACUGGCAGUGUCCCGCUUGGAAGCGGCGCUGUCGGAGAUAUCAGACCUGAGCUCCACCCGCCGCCAAGGACCCACUUACAUCUGGGCCACUCUAGAGCGUAUUUGGCUGCAGGCUGGGGAGCUUUUCAUGGCGGACAGCCGGCUCAAGGAGGCCCAGUUUUGCAUAGCCGAGGCCAGCUCCCUCUUCCCCAACUCCCACUCGGUGCUCCUGCAGCGGGGCCGCCUGGCCGAGCUCAGGGGCCAACUGGAAGAAGCCAAGGCAUUAUACGACGAGGCCCUGGCCAUCCAUCCCACUGGAGAGCACAUACUGGUGCAAAUGGGUCGCCUGCUGGUGAAAACCGGUCGUGUCCACCUGGGUGAGAAGGUGCUGCGUGAUGCGGUUCAGGUCCACAGUACCUCCCACGAGGCAUGGAGCGGCCUGGGCGAAGCUCUGCAGGCUCGGGACUCCAGCCAGGCUCCAGACUGCUUCUUGACGGCCCUCGAGCUGGAGGCAUCCUCCCCCAUCAGGCCCUUCACCAUCAUCCCCAGAGAGCUCUGAAGAGCUUGGGUUGGUUGUGGCCUUUUGUUGUUAUAUAAUACUGAAUAAGAAAAACUCAACCUGCUUUAAAUUAUAUGUUUGUUUUGGAGAAUUAUGUUGUGUUUCUCUGUUCUAGCAGAGCAAAAUAUGGAAAACUCUGAGCUAUUCUUGUAUUUAUUCAUUACGCAUAUCCUAAAUAAGAGGUAUUAUCUGUAUGUAGGUAGCUCAUACACAUAAAACCUGCAAAACGUAAAAUUCCUACACAUCACUUUAUUAUUGGAUUGUUCAGUAAGAUAUAAUAAAAAGUUUCAAACAUGAUAAAAAGAAAAUUACAUUUUUUCCUCUGUAGCAUCAUGAUAAGCUAAGCUAAGCUAACUUUUAGCAAGUUGUAACUUCAAAUGACUAUAUGAUUUGUUGGUUUAACGUACAAAAUUAAAUUAUGUUUUUAUAUUCAGUUGCAACAUUUUUAGUGACCCUUUUCAGACAUGCAUUAAUUACCAGGGGUGUAUUGAUACUUCAGCUCACAAGAUGUGACAAAGCAAGAUAUUAGCAAGAUAUUUUUAAACACACCAGAUUAAACUAAAAUACCUAUGAUGUUAUUAGAUGUUAUUUAUUGCAGUUUAAGUUGAUUUCUGUAAAUCACUGACCUGAGCUGUUGAAAGCACUUGGUAGCCAGCACCGUCCUCAGAAGACCAAUGAAGCAAUCUAUGUCUCAAAAGGGUUAAUGAGAAUCAGUCACUUUCUUGUUGUUCGAUUGUCUUUUUUCCAAAUCAAUGUCUGAGCAUUCUUUGCACUAUUUAUGAGAAAUCAUUUCUUAUGAAGAAACUUAAAUUUAUUUCCUAGCAUUGAUUAAGAACAUUGGAUAUGGUUAUUUGUAAAACAUGUGGCAAGGAAGUAUUUAUGUAAGUAAAAAGACCUCAAAGAAAUCAAUUUUCUGAUGCAUGCAUCUCCUAUGGAGUUAUUUCUUAAUAAGUUAUAUUUCUGUUGCAGUUUGUGACAAAUAAUGAGUUUUAUUUUAAAUACAGCUUCAGAAUGUGUGCACAGGUGUUGAUCCUCAUAUGAACAUUUGAUGCUGGCUUUUUCAUUAUUACAUUGAUCUCUGCCCGCAAACACUCACCUGUUCUGAUCUCUUCAAUGAAGCAGCUCACAUUUUUUCAGCCUUUGCUUUGGCACUCUAAAUCUAGCUCUAGUGAGGUGCAUCUGAUUUCUACAGAUCUUUAACGUGUUUCUGCAACUUUAUUUAUUUACAUUUUUGCUAGAUUCAAAUUAUUGAACCGGAUUUUAAACACACUUAUAAGGUCUCACAGUUAUAGGGUAAUACACAGUUAAAAGUGGAGGUCUGUCUUCACUAAAAGGCAAUUUACAUACACUGUAUAUAAAGAUUUUCAAAAUCCCAUAACAAUGAGCAGGAUCAUUGUUAGAAAAGUUUUUAACCAUCCUUAAAUUCACUAAUCCAAUUAUGAGGCAUUUGAAGUCAUGGCUUUUUCCUCUCUGAGUUGCCUUUUAGACCAAAAGACUUGUUUAACUGGCAAUAAUGAGUCUUUCUUACCAGCUGCAUCCAGCAUCUUCACAAAGUGUUUUGCAAAACACAUUCAUCUCUGAAUGGCCCCUACACCUCAGGAACCCGUCAGCUACCUGGACGGUAUAAUAACUGGACAUUUCCAUGAAAUGUACGCUAGCAUAUAAUCGUUUGGCCAGAAGAAUGUUGCACCUUCAGGCAAAUUGUUCCCAAUAAUGAACCCGACUUGUGAAGGUCCACAAUUAUUUUUAUGAUAUCUUGCCCGGUCUCCUUUGAUUGUUUCAUUAUGUCACAGAAGGAAGGAGCGUUUUGAGGCAUUACCUUAAAAUCCACGCGUGCCUCCAAAUCAGAAGCUCACAAAUCUAUGAGAUCAUCAUCUGGGCAAAAUAUUUAAAGGCUGAGUAAUCUUAACAUGUAAACUUCUGAAUUUACAAAAAGUAACAGAAUAUUGUUGUUCAGAAUAUGUUAUUCUAGUAUUUAGCAAAUAGAAAUAUUUUCGUUAUCCUAUCUGACCUAAAACAGGAAAAAUUUAGUCAAUCUAAAACAGUGAGAAACAAGAAGGUUAUGUUUUUUCAAACAGCCUUUAUACAUCUACAUAUAUGUAAGAUAUGUACGAUAUAUAUAUGAAUAUAUCUUACACUUCUAUUAAUUUACACAAACAUCUGAAAACAUGUUUUCACUUUGUGUUUAUGGGCUAAUUGUGUAAAUUUCUAAAACAAAUUGAUACUUAAAUGGGUUUCUCAAGUCUAAAAUGUAACAAAGUGUGUAAAAGGUGAAGCGGUGUAAAGACAUUUUUUGGUAAUGUAAUUUAGAGAAACGACAUGCACGUGUAAUUUUAUUAUCUCAUGAUCCCAUGUACAUGUUGGUCUGUGUAUUCAGUAAAUUUUAUUUUGAAAUUACUCCUCUCUGUGUUCCAGCUUGUUCUGUCCUCUACAGCGCAGCAUUUUUUUCAUUUUCUUCUUUAUUUUCGCUCAUGUGUCCAUGAUGCUUUCUGUUGUAAAAAAAAACAAAAAAAAACUAACAGACACCAUGGCGCUACGUCUUCACCUGCCUUGUCACUUGUAACUAAUGGACAUCACUUCUGAGUUCCUCACCACAUUUAUGCGAACGAUGUGACUUGGGCUGCUGGCUUAUGUAAUCCUGCAAGCACAAUCUUCUGCCUCCAACUUCCCUCUCCCUCUCUCUCCUCCUCCUCUCUGUUGGUCUGUGUCUCUCGCUCUCUCCGCCUGAUGUGAUGUGAUGUGGUUUGGUUGCCUAGCAGCCAUCCCCUUGUUUGAGUAACUGGGGAAAGCAGGGAGAUAUCUGCUCUGCUGAACAACACACAUACAGGAACAGCACACGCGCUCCCAGGCAGAAAAGACCAAUAAUGCCUCCGUUGUGCAGCUCUGCAGACUUGACUGGGUUUGUUUGAUGUCUGCUGUUACAAUGUGAGAUAUGAGCCAGCUGUAAUCAAUGUCCCAGGCUGGUAUAAAUCAAUUUGUUUUAUGCAAAUAGACAAAUAAAAUAAACUCUUUCUCUGCAGCUUUUUAAGGCACUAGAUCAAUCCUCUACUGCAUCCAUCACUCCAGGAAUAAAACUUCCUCAUUCAUCAAAACUUUUUUUUGCUAAUUGAUUGCAGCCUCUGCUGUCCGAAGGAAAAAGAAAAUCUAUUUUUACGUCUUUCCCUCCUGACUCACAGGCUCACUCUUGUUCCAUCCUCUCCUCAUUAGCACUAUGUCAGACACCUAAGCAGGGGCUUCGAGAGAUGAAUGGUCUAAUCCCGAAGGCUAGAGAAUGAAAUUUUACACUGUGUGAUCACACUUGCACAAAUAUACACAUACUGACUGAGAGAAGGGGGCAGCCUGUCCUACAACCCCCUGGCAGCAAAUAAGGAAAAAGUUGUCUUUGUUUGCAGCAAAGAUGAGAAUAACAGAUUUGACACAAAUGUUUUUAAUGCAACAGCUGAAUAUUUUGGAUUUCUAAAAUAUUUCUCUAAAUAUACAUUGUUGUAAUAGUAGAAUAAGUAUUAUGCAUGUUUUUUGUUCUCUACAUUUUUACAAAUAAAAAUCUGAAAAGUGUGGCAUGAA